GUAACAGAAACUGCUGAUACUAAUAAAAAAACAUUCCGAAUGGAGGAGCACUGGAGAAGUGCAAUCACUCGUCAGUCACUUCAAAAACAAAUACAACAAAAUUUCUUGAACAAAACCUAACCUCAACAAAUUCAUCAUAUUAUGACAUAGAGCUUAAAGUGAAAGAAGUGAAAUGGCCUGGAUUAAAAUACCUUUUCCCCAUGUUUAUCCCUAAGAAUUCAUUCAGUAUAAAUGUUAUAAGCAGUAAUACGUAUGUGGUUCCACUUAGCUUCUGUAAACCAUCAAGGUGGGAUUCAGACACAAUUCAGAUAAAAACAUUGUGUUUAACAUUUAUGGCUUUAGUAGAUAUAUCCCAUUCUGUGUAGCGUUUUCGGUCAGUGUUCAGAGAGUUUCACUCUCUUUCCCCCGGUAUCUGCCCAGUAUCCCACAAAACAUAAUAUACACUCUGUAUCCUCCGUAAUCAGUUAUCGAUUUUUUGACAGCCAUGUGUUUAUAACCAUACUUUUUUCAAAAAUCUUUUUAUUCCAAUAUGUUUUUGAACAAUUUUAAUCUGAAAUGUAGAUAUCUUCGAGUAGUAUCACACAUCAAGCGAUAUUCCACCGACAUUGCUAAUCAUGAAGUGAUAUCGGAUCUACUUGGAAUUAGUAUUCAAGAAGCGAUGUAUUAUGUUGAAAAGAGAAGAUUGAAGAAUAAGGAAACACAGUCACUUAUAAAAUCCAUUCAGUAUUGUCAGUCAAUAGGAUUCAAAAAUGAUGACAUUUUGUGGUGUCCAAUGUUGCUGACACAGCAUCCACUGACGGUAGAACACCACUAUUUAGCUAUGAAAGAAGGAGGGUUCUCAAACAUUGAACCCAUCAUUUUAGCAAGAGCAAUUCAUUUUAUGAAAAAAGAAGUAUUAAAUUUGAAAAAAUGUGCCAUAAUUAUGGAUAAAACUGAUGUAGCUCGAAGUUUGGUAGAGCAUAUAGAAAAUAAAGAAAUUGCUGAAAAGGUUUAUGAAAGACAUGAUGAUUAUACACCCUGGAAUAUAGUACAUAUGAAUAUACUCAAAUCAUUUUUAAAAUGGCGAUUGAAUGCAGGUGAAGAUGAUAUAGUGAAAUUAUUUACUGUGCACAGGAUGAUCAUAAACAAAAGUUUUCGAAUAAUCCAAGAAAACAUUGCCAUAGCAGAGGAACUGGGCUUUAAUUCAGACAAAAUAUUGAAAAAUGGAUUUCUGUUGAACAACUAUCCAACCUAUGCCAGAACUAUUUUGGAAGAUUUUUCAAACUUAGCUGGAGCAGAUAUGAAGAGAGCCAUUAAACAUCAUCCAAAACUCCUGACAAGGCCACCUAGAAACAUAAUCAAAAUUUAUGGGAUUUGAAGGAGUUUGAAAUACCAGAUGAGUUGAUAAGAAAAGGAAUGAGUGUCUUCUCGAUGUCUCCAGAAACUGUUAGGGCAAGGUUGCAAGCAAUAGAAGGCGAUCCUGAUAUGAAGACCCUCUUAAAACAUCCAAGAAUAAUUGAUUUUCUUUUACACCACCAAAAAGUCACGAAAAGGCUGUCUUUCUUACAAGACCUCCAACUGAGGUGUGCUAGUUUUCAAGUUUUAGGUACUAGUAAUGAAGAUGAAUUUAAACGACUACAUUAGGGAAGGCAAAGACAUAAUCAUCCGGCUGGACUAUAUAUUUUUCUGAAGAGCCUAUUCAAAAAAUUGAUGAUCCAAGUCUUAAGAUAAAAUAAAAAGGCAUCCACACUAUUCAAGAUACCACUGAAGGAUAUGUUAGAAACAUAUAAGUUUUAAUCAUCGCCAAGUUUCGUAAAAUGCACAUAUACAAAGCUGUACAUAUCUUAUUAUAUCCAAAGUAAGUACAAUAUAGUGAGGAUUA